AGCAGUAAUGUCAAUUCUGAAUUGCUCAACGACAUUGAAAUGAAAUGAUCUGAUCUCACUCUUUCACAAUCUAACACAUACAUGGAUACACACCCUGUGAUAAAAAAAAAAAAGGAAAGGAAGAAAUCAGUUUCUCUGCGGAAAGAGAGAAGCCGUUGUGUGAACAAAGAGUUAUUCUACUCUCUUUUUUUUUCCUACAAUUGUAGGGGGUGGAGGGAAGGAGUCUUGAGUUUAUUCUGGACAUUUAACCACAGGGGAAGGGGAAAAGGAGAACGAGGCCAUGCACACUCACCAAAACACACAUGUACAUGUACAUUCAUUCAUUCACUCACAAACACACAAACACACACGCAACGCACAAAAUUGAAAAAGAGCAUGUUGAUGCAAUUGGGUGUUGCGGGACAGUCUAUGAAUGUAUUGCAAAUGAAUUGUAUACAUUUGUCCAGUAGACUAUGUGGUGUGGUCCUUUUUUGUUGUUAUUGUUGUUUAUUGCUGAUGUUCUUUAAUUUCCAGAGCUUUUUUUGGGUUUGUAUUUUUUUCAUUUAAAGGGCGUUUUAAUAAUAUGAGAUGGACCUGUAGUAUGAAAUUAGACUCUUUGUAUUCUCAGACAGAUAAAAGCGUGCUCAAAUGUUGCAAGAUGGUGAAAAUGCAAUUAAAACAAGCAUUUUAUA